GGUGGGUGUGGGUGUCCAUUUAAGUUCAGCCCAGGGCUAUUGCCUCUUGUUUGAGCUAACCUGGGGAGGUGCUGCAGUCUGGCUGUGCCUUCUGGAUCCUGCUGAGCUGGAGCCUGUUGCUAAAUUCAGUUUGCCACCGUGGACCUGCCUGCAAUAACUUGGCGUGACGGAGCAGCGUCCUCCGUGAGGGGAUCCCACCCCGCUGCCCCCCCUCAGUGCCCGCCCCGCGGUGCCGCUCCCCUCACGGGCGGCCGCCGCCGAGCCCCGGGCGGGCGGGAGGGAGGGAGGCGGUGCCCGGGCCGCCCCCCCUCGGAGGCCGGAGCCGGCGGGGCCCGUCCGGCUCCCGUAGCACCGCCCGUGGCUGCGGUGGCGUGUGGGAAGGAGAGACGAUGGCGGCGGAGCCGGGCCGGGCGGAGAUCCAGGCCUUCUUCAGGCGGCUGCGGGCGGCGCCGGCCAACAAGUCCUGCUUCGACUGCGGCGCCAAGAACCCGAGCUGGGCCAGCGUCACCUACGGCGUCUUCCUCUGCAUCGACUGCUCCGGAGCGCACCGCGCCCUGGGCGUGCACCUCAGCUUCAUCAGGUCCACGGAGCUGGAUUCCAACUGGAACUGGUUCCAGCUGAGGUGCAUGCAAGUCGGCAGUAAUGCCAACGCGACUGCUUUCUUCCGUCAGCAUGGCUGCACUACAACAGAUGCCAAUGCGAAGUACAACAGUCGAGCUGCCCAGAUGUACAGGGAGAAGAUCCGGCAGCUGGCGAGUGCUGCCAUGGCCAAGUAUGGCACUGAUCUGCUCAUAGAUGGACUGAGUGGAGCCCCCGGGCAUUCCCCUGACAAGAGCGAUGCUGAUUUCUUCAUGGAGCACACACAGUCUUCCAGUACCUGGGAUGUAGCAGAUGCCAGCCAGAAUCUUGCACAGUCUUCCCUGGAGGUGGAAAAAGCACCAAAGUCAUCAGAAGGCAGUGAAGCAUCAAAUCCCAGCCAAGGCCCAUCUAUUGACUUGUUGAGCACAUCUCCUAAAGCUCCUCUAGACGCGUCCAUGUGUCUAUCAACACAAGAGCCUGCUCCUGCCAGAGAACUUAAAUCCUCCCUCAUCGGAAAGAAGAAGCCGGGAGCUGCCAAGAAAGGGCUGGGUGCAAAAAAAGGUCUUGGAGCCCAGAAAGUGAGCAGCCAGAGCUUCAGUGAGAUUGAGCGGCAAGCCCAGGUGGCAGAGCAGCUGAAGGAGCAGCAGGCAGCGGAGUCCAGGAAACAAGCUGAGGAGUCCAUAGUCACCUCGAUGCGACUGGCUUAUCAGGAACUGCAGCUCGAUCGGAAGAAGGAAGAGAAGAAACUUCAGAACCUCGAAGGGAAGAAGCGUGAACAAGCUGAGAGGCUAGGCAUGGGCUUGGUGUCAAGAAGCUCUGUUUCACACUCGGUGAUGUCUGAGAUGCAAGUCAUUGAGCAGGAGACGCCACUGGCCGUGAAAUCUUCCCGCUCCCAAUUGGACCUGUUUGAUGAUGCUGGAAGCUUCACAUCUGGACCCCCCAAGUACAAAUAUAGUCCCUUCUCAUUUGAAGAUGCCUUUGGCUCACGAUGGGAAACAGACUCUUCGUGGGGUGUUGACAAAGAGGAGGAACCAGAGGUGACAAUUUCCAGUAUUCGGCCAAUUUCAGAGAGGCCCACCAGUAGAAGAGAUACAGAGCACAGGACAUCAGUUGUGGAAUCAAAUGAAGCUCGGCAGAAGUUCGCAGGAGCUAAAGCUAUCUCUUCAGAUAUGUUCUUUGGGCGGGAAGCAGAUGCUGAGUACGAAGCCAGAUCCCGACUGCAGCAGCUCUCAGGCAGCAGUGCUAUCAGUUCUGCAGACCUGUUCGGAGAGGCUGAGAAUGCGCACUCAGGUGGCGUGUCGAUUGGAAAUGUCCUGCCUGCAGCCGAUAUCGCACAGUUCAAGCAAGGAGUGAAGUCAGUUGCUGGCAAGAUGGCUGUCCUAGCCAACGGGGUGAUGAACUCCCUCCAGGAUCGUUAUGGUUCAUAUUGAUGACCCAGGAACUGCAACUCGCAGGGAAGCCAGCAGGAGGCACUGAUGCCACCUUCGCCUGGAGUAAACUCUGCAGGAUUGUCUUAGUUUGUCUGGGGUGGGUGGGGAGGGGAGAAGGAAAGCAGAAGGGGGCAGGACAUGGCUGUGCCCAGGAUGCUUUCCAAAUAUCUGAAUUCCACUCUGCAUUAAAAUUUGAUGUGCCCUCAGACCCACUGCUAUCUACUAGCCAGUGGAGAUGGGGAUAACCUCACUGCUGUGAAA